ACCCCAACUUUUUAAUGAUAGCUGAGGCUAUUUUAGGAUGGCCAAGCCAUGAGCCUUGUAGCUGACCCACACUUAAGUUACAAGCAACCUAAGAACAGGCAUCUAAAUUCUGGCAAGACAAUUUGCAGAAGAGCUUCUGUCUCCUGUGCUAUKGAGCUCUGGGAAAAGUUUAUUCUAUUCAUUUCUCCUGUAAACACAUGCAACUUCAAAGGSAAAUCAAAGCUAAGGAUUUUUCAAAAUAAAUUCAUUUAGCUUUUUACUCCAUCAUAUCAGCAUUUCAAAUUGACAAAUAGUUGUGUGUGURUAUAUAUGUAURUCUACACUAUAACCUCAUUUACAGUGCACUGGAUCAGCAACCAAAAAYUGUCUCAGAAUUCCACAAAGCAACCUGCARAUUAAGAAGAAAGUUGCAAAUCACSGUUCUUCUCUUACAGCCUUUUGAUGUAAAKAAACACUUAACCAUUAGUCUAGGAAAUGUAAUAUACAUCUGAAAGCAGAACCUACGUCUAAAUCACCAAAUUAAAAGGAUUGUAAUAUGAAUGCUCUCCAAGACGUUCUCUGCCUCAUUCAUCUCAAACAGGAAAAACUAAAAGAAAACUUCACAGUGCUUCUUUGCCAUUAGCUGCAGUAGCUACAUCGUCUGUUAAACCUGUGCCAAAAUACAYCCCGGUCCUCGAGACCCUGGAGAAGAUCCUCAGAGGGCCUCAGGGUGGGUGUACUGUUGUGUGAAAGUACACAACUCUGCUUGGUUACAGUGAUCGGUCCAGCACAAUAACUCAGUGACGGAACAAAGCAAGCCUACAAAACCCUCUAAUACUGUGCAUUUCACAUAUAUUGGCUUGUUUAUGCCUUUUGUUUUCUUUAAGUUUAGAAACUAUUUUUAUGCAGGAGUAUCAGCAAAUUCUGUAGACUGGGAUAUUCUAAGAAAACAACGCAAGCAGAUAUAUUUCACUUCAGGAAAACUUGUGAGGUUAAGUCUCCAUGAUGGCCAUGGAAAUUAUAAUUAUUGCAACUGACAUUGAGUUAUGUAUUGUGCGUUGUUACAGCAUGCAAUAAAGGGACAUAAUGUGAUUGAAAGAUUCCCAUAAGGCUGGUUCCCCUCUSCGAGCACAAAUAGUAUCACAACCAUCGGGUUCGGAAGUUACUUACCACAACUGAGUGUUAUCCUGGAAAAAUUAAUCAGGUAACUGCCUCAAAGAAGUAAGGAUGUACGGAAAGCGCGUUUGAAUUAUUUCGCCAUCAUGAAGAAUCAGUUAUGCCUUCGUAAGCACCAAUUAAUCAGGUGUAUCCAGGAAAGAUCUCUGCCAGAUAAGAGUAGGAAGGAUAUAGCUCGRAGCGUAUAAAAAUGAGGAUUAUGGGGAAGGUUGUACUAAAAACACUCAGUUUUAUUUUCCCAUGAGACCGCGCUCCCCCCUAUCCAUUACUCGUUUAUGUAUCAGUUUGUUAUCGCAGCUCCUCUGCGCCUCUCCUGCACGCUCCGGCUCGCCUUCCUCAGCGGAAGCGGGGGAAGCAAACCUCAAACUCAGGAGCCCUGGGGAAGCCGGGGCUCGGCGCUCCGAGGGCUGCCCUGUGCGUUCUCCGCGGGCGGGGCGCGGCCGGGACUCGCCGCCGCGGGGCGGUCACCCCGAGGGCGGGCCGGGCCGGGCGGGGCUCGGGGCCGGRCACCUCCUGCCCUCUCCCGGCACGGAUCCCGCCCGGCACACUCCACCCACCCGCGGCUACUUGUGCCCCCCUCACGGGCCGCCGGCAUUGCCGUGGUGGGCGGCCGGAGGAGCGGAGCCCGUCCCGUCCCGUCCCGUCCCGGUGCGGCGGUCAUGUCGCGGGGCCCCGUGGCGGCGGCGCGGCUGCUGGCGCUGCUGGUCUGUUUGAAUUAUGGAAAUGGGCUCCAUGUGAAGGUUUACAAUCGAAAUGACAGGAGUGGCAUGUUGGCUCAUCCCAACAGYCUAGUCAGACAGAAGCGAGAAUGGACAGUCCCUCCAGCCUUCAUACGGGAGGAGGAGGACAAUUCCUAUAAGAAUCCAAUUGCCAGAAUACAUUCAGACCUUGAAGAUACAGGGAUAGUAGUGACUUACACAAUAUCUGGUCAAGGAGUAACAGAACCCCCUUAUGGAUUAUUUGUUAUCAAUGGAAAGACUGGUGACCUGAACAUAACAGGAAGGGUGGACAGAGAAAAGACUCCGAUUUUGCUUGUCCGAGGCCACGCACUAGAUAAGAAUGGGGCAAAACUGGAAGAACCAAUAGACCUCCCAAUUAAAGUUGUGGACAUAAAUGACAAUUUUCCAGUGUUUUCACAUGAAAUUUUUGUUGGUUCAAUUGAAGAAUUAAGUGAAACAGGUACAAUUGUAAUGAGGAUAAAUGCAACAGAUGCAGAUGAACCGAAUAACCURAAUUCCAAAAUUGCUUUCAGGAUUGUUUCCCAAAGCCCUAGYGCUGCAUUCAGCAUGGAUAAGAAUACUGGCGAGGUUCGAGUAGCAAAAAUAAACCUUGACAGAGAGACACAAAGUAGCUAUUCUUUGGUGGUGGAAGCAAAGGACCGUGGUGGUGAAGCAGGUGGSAAUGCUGCAACAUGUUCUUUAGAAAUCAAGAUUUUGGAUGUCAAUGACAAUCUGCCUGUUGUUGAAAGCCGCACAUUUGAGGGAAGCAUUGAAGAAAACAGAGCAAAUGUGGAAAUUAUGCGAAUAAAAGUAUUUGACAAAGAUGAAGAGUUUUCUGAUAACUGGCUCGCAAACUUUACAUUUGUUUCUGGAAACGAAGAYGGUUUUUUCCAAAUUGUAACUGAUAAACAAACAAAUGAAGGAAUUUUGACUGUUGUGAAGGAGCUGGAUUAUGAAAAAAUGCAAAGCCUAAACUUGGGUGUUGUUGUUACAAACAAAGCAGAGUUCCACAAGUCGAUUAAACCCAGUUAYAAGGCAGAAACAAUUCCAAUCAAAAUUAAGGUGAUUAAUGUGCGGGAAGGCCCAGUGUUCCCUGGUGGCACAAAAAUUAUUGAAGCAAGUGAGAAACUGCAGAUAAAACAGGUUAUUGGACAGUAUCAAGCUUAUGAUGAAGACACAGGAAAAAUAGCAGAGCGCAUUACAUACAUGAAAGGAAGAGAUGCAGCAAACUGGGUCACUGUAGACUCAGUCACAGGUGAAAUCCGACUUGCUAAAAAUCUUGAUUACGAAUCACCUUACGUAGUUAAUGGUACCUACAUUAUCACCAUGUUGGGUGUAACUACAGAUUCCCCUAAGAAAACGAUCACUGGCACAGUCGUCAUUCAAGUUCAAGAUGAGAAUGAUAACUGCCCGGUUAUUGUGAACCCUGUGCAGACUGUGUGUUCCGAUGCAAAAUUAGUUGAUGUUACAGCUAGUGAYUUGGAUGGUUACCCCUACAGUUACCCCUUCAGCUUUACUGUCCUUGACGAGCCAGAAGGAACAGCAGAAAAAUGGAUAAUUGCAUCUGGAAAUGACACCAGUAUACAGCUGAUACCACAAAACCUGAAGCCGGGCAGAACUGAAGUUCCCAUGCUAAUAAAGGAUUUCCAAGGGGUCAGCUGUGCUGUGCCUCAGUCUCUGCAGUUGACUGUUUGUGAGUGUGCAGAUGAGGGCGUGUGCCAGGAGAAGUUUGUUGGCGCAAAGUCGGUGGGUCUGGGACCAGCAGCGGUUGCACUAAUCAUCUUGGCAUUUUUACUUUUGCUGCUUGUUCCACUGUUACUGCUGCUGUGUCCUGGUGGCUUGGGAGCAAAGGGAUUUGGUGGAGCAAAGACAUUUGCUGAAAUACCAGACCACAGUGAAGCGAUGCUGCGUAAGUGGAACAGCGAAGGAGCAGCUCCUGAGGAGAAGCCAGUGCUAAGCUUCGUUACACCCACUGCACUCGGGAACUUGAGAGGAGCAGCAACAGGAGCAGCAGCAGGAGGAAUGAGUGGAGAAGAAGCUGUGAUAGGAGCAGGCAGCUCUGCCUCUCAUGUAGGAGAGCAUCGUAGCACCAUCACCAGGGAAAGAUGGGAAGAGCAAAGGCGUCUUCUUUCUGGUGCAGACUAUGGAGCCAUGGCAGCUGGRGCGGCUGAAGGCAUGACAAGUGUAGAUGGCAAGACAGUCAUGUCUGGAGGAGGAGUUGCUGUGGGAGCGGCAGGAGCCAUGAAUGAAGAAUUCUUAAGAGACUACUUCAAUGAUAAAGCUGUCUCUUUUGCGGAUGAAGAUGAAGAGCAAGCUGCRAAAGACUGUCUCCUGGUUUAUUCCCAGGGAGAAUCAGGCUCCCCUCAUGGAUCCGUUGGCUGCUGCAGUUUUAUUGAGGGGGAUCUUGAUGACCAUUUUCUUGAUGAUUUAGGAGACAAAUUUAAGACUCUAGCAGAAAUAUGUAUAGGCAGACAGAUCAACAUGAAAGAUGGUGGCUCCAAGAAUGAAUCAGGUUUUGGGUUUAGUGAAGCAAAGUCACAGUUCUUAGAUCAGCAAAAUGCUUCCAGCUCUGAACAAGCCUUUGCCUCAGGCAGUCAUUUCCAGUCCAUCCCAGCAGUGCACGCAGGCAGUGGCACAGGAGAAAGCACCCUAUCCAAGGAGGUGGUCACAGAAACAGCCUUUUCAUCAUCCCAUUCUGGGCAGCACAAUGUGCAGCACCUUCCCACAGGCCACACAGAGACCAAUGUCACCAUGACGGAAACAUCCUACUCUGUGGGGGCUCCUGCCCGCUCGCCCGCCGUCUUUUUAGGYCCCCAGUUUAAGGAGAAUGUAGUGGUGACAGAGAGAGUGCUGGCACCUGCAUCGAGCAUCCAGGGUAUGGUGAAAAUCCCUGAUUUGCCUCAYGGAAGUAACGUGGUGGUUACAGAGAGUUUGGUGAAGUCGGCAGGUGCAGGGCCAGGAGCCCUGACAGUUCAGGAUCUUUCUGACUCCCAGUACGUCGUGGUGAGGGAGCGAGAGAGGGUGCUGGUGCCCGCUGCAGAGCAGGGCUCCCUCGGCUUCCCCGCUUUGACAGAGGAACGCAGCACGGUGCUGAAAGAAGGGAUGGUGACAGCCUCAGGGCUGCAGAGCAGAGCUGAACAGGUGACAGGUGCCAGCUCAGGAAGGCAAGAGCAUGCAGUAAUCACAGACUCCCYGCUUAACCUGACGGGCUCCAAGUURGARGGGCCACCUCCUGCCAGUGCCACACUGAGCAAGUCUUCCAGGGUCACCAAAUACAGCACAGUGCAGUACACUCGCUCAUAGCCUGGGUUCCUUGCAGCAGUGGCAGUGUCCAGCACCCUUCUGUCUGCAGGCAUCCUGCCUCGGGAUUGUCCAUGAGAUCCAAAUUUGCCAGAGCUUCCAGAAUGACAUAUACUCAUUUGCACUAGUUUGUAUAAAUAUGGACUAUAUGACCAGGAAGCAAGUGAGGAAAUCUGGUGUUAUUAUGUUACAUUGGCAGGGAUCCUUUUGAAGUGUGAGGAUGAGGGAAAUAUUUUUUUUCCUGGUUUGCUAUUUUUGUUAUUGCCUUUUAUUAUUCAGACAGUGUAACAAUGCUUCAUAACCAGAGCUGCAUGAUUAUGGGAAAAGAGGAAAAAAAGUCACAAAUCUAGGGAUGAAUAGUAGCCUACAAAGCACAAAUUAGGUUUUUGAACUGCUGUUGGGUGUAUCUGAAGUCCUCCUGUGAGGGGAAUCAGUUUCUUAUUGUGUCUUUGCCACUCUGUUGUGGGCCACGGUAGCUCCUCCUGAGCUUUGCUAAGAAAUCUUCCUGAGAAGCCCAGGCCACCAAAGCUACCAUGUUUUCAGGGCAGUGGUGUGUUGAUCUUCUGAAGAGAUGUCACAACUUCUGGUUAUCGAAUUUGUAACUUAGGCAGUAAAUACUUGCACAUUACCACAAUGGUUAAAGAGAGCAAGUAGCAAAAAAACUGAGGACUGCCAUUUUUUUGCCACCUCAGUGUAAAAAUUUCAUUAUUUGGUGUGGUCUACACUGACAUGGGCRAGUAAGCAUUUGCAUUAUGUACAUUUUCCACUUGAUUUAACUUAUGAGAAACAGAAAAGGUUUACCUUAGCUUUAGAGCCAGAGAUUCAGUCAGUGGCUUUGCCAGCAAAGUUUAUGGCCCUUAGACAUCUGUAGGAUCUGAUUUACAGGUGCAAUUAAGUAUUUAGAAUUGUGUCUGUGAAUUCAAAGGCACAGAAGUACAGGCUAGUGUGUGUGAGAGGUUCCACUAAUGUCAGUACCAGUGCAGUGAAAUGGCAACUUUCCUUGCCUGUGACAGGACAAGAGGAUGCCCCCUUUAGCUCUGCAAUACUUGAGUUUGCUUUGCUUGCUGGAAGUUUAUGGUAAAAGCAGGAGACAGUACUGCACUCUUUGGUGGUAUGUAUAUAUGCACAUUUAAAUAUUUUUAUGCUGUUUGGAACAUUCUGAAGUUAAUUUUCUACAGGAAAAGCUGUCUACAUUCCUCAUGUUUUCUCAGAGUAGAAGUAAUUUAGAUGAGGUUUUGGUACCAUGUUUAUCUCUUACCUAUAAGAUCAGCAAGCUGGUCACAAGGUACUGCAAAGCCUGCAGAUCUGCAGAGUUUUCAGAUUGUCUCCAUCUCCUGGAGUUUUCCUGCAGCUGCAGUGUUUUUUUCUACUGGUGUGGUCUGCCUUUGACUAGACAUGCUUUCAGUGUGCUUAAUUUUACUCAUAAUUAUGAAAAAGUUGGUUCAAAACCAUAAAUAUUUAAAUUAGGAACCAUGGCAGUGCUCAACCAUGACAGAUGGGCCAUUACAUUAAGUGGAGUAGUAUUUCCAAACAUAUCAGGCUACCUGUUUGCUUGGACCUGUUGGUUAUUUAUCUCUUCCACUACACUUUUAAAAUGUAGUGUAUUUAUAUCUGAAAUAUGUAUCUGUUUCUAAGCAAGCCUGCAAUACUAAGUGGUCACCACUUUUCUGACUUUCUAAUAUUUGUGGGUUUUUCUGCAAUCUUAAAAUAAAGAACUCUACUGGA